AAAAAAUCUAAGUCACGAUUAUCUUCUGGUUGUGAUGGACUGCCAGUGACGGACCUUGGCAUGUCAAAGACUUGAAAGUUGAGGCCAUAAUAUGUCUGCUUGCGUCUGUUCUUUAUUAUUUUAUCCUUAAUUAAAAGUUGCCUUAUUGGCUGAGCGAUUAGCGAAGCCUAUUACUCCGUCUGGUCGGAAAAAAAUUUUUCUGUCUGUCUGUCUGUCAGUGUAUCUGUCCACACGAAAACACGAAAAAGACAGAUCGAGUUCGGCGAUGAGCAUUCUAGCUCAAAAAUUGGAUUUUAAAAAUAAUCAAAAACAACAGGUCCCAAAAAUGAGGUUCUUUAAAAAUAUUUGUUUACGGUUUCCUGGGGGGAAACUCAUCAAAAUAGAGCCCUCUGGGUGAAAAUUCUGUCCGUUUUGCUCCAGCUCAAACCGUUGAGGCGCUAGAGGGUAUUUUUGACGAGUAUAAGCGAAAAAUGCACCACCCUGUAUAGUCGUCCCCUCGACUGAGGCGACGCGUCUUUAGCCCAUAUCUCGGUCGGUUAUUGAGCUCAAAGCCUAUGACUUGGUGACGUCUUAGGCCUGUAUAAGACGCAACUUUUGGCGCGAACUGAGUCAUCCUAGCUCUUCUGUGUCGUUCAGAAAGGCUGCACCGUAUCGGCCGCCCAGUCGAGAAGUCAGGGACGACUAUAAGCUUAGUCGAGGUGACGGGCCGUUGACGGGCCGAGGGCCCGUAGCUUUGUGUACAUUUUCCAACUACCCGACUCGGGCGUCAGCGCCGCAGGCGAAGGUCAGACUGUUAUGGCACUGGGGGCUAUUUUUGGCGGAAUUAAGCCUAAAAAUUACAACGCUGCAUUCUACAGGAAAGUGGCGGGCCGUAGGCUCCGUAUCUUCGAGUACAUUUUUCCACUUCUCGACUCGGGUGUCAGCGCCACAGGCUAAGGACGUUGUAAAGUGUGCGGGGAAGUUUCUGUUUCACAAUACAACUUACCCACUCAAAUGCAAAUCCAAAUGAAUGUGUCUGUUCAAGCCGCCAUAUUGUUGUCAUGGUUCAGCAUUCAAGUGCAAGUCCUGUGUGAUUACUGCCACACAGAGUGUGACUUUGAUAAGAGAUUAGUUUUGGACAGUGCUCCCAAAACUCUGGAAGUUCAACUUCUUCGACUUCAAAAAAGUGGGAGUAGAGAUGGUGCCAGCAUGGAAAUAAAUGAGAGGGUAACUUUCAACAGUCAACAAUACCAACUAUGUGGUUUUGUACUACAUAAAGGAGUGACAGCUUCGGCGGGCCAUUACACCAUGGUAUCUGUGGACUGUAUGGACUUUGAGAGUCAGAAAGGUAAUGCUGCUGAGGCAUAUAUCCUUUUUUAUGAGAGGUCCUCAAGUUCACAAUCAGACUUUGAAGAAGUAAAGAAGGAUGAAAAUGAACUAAAUCACCAUGUAAAUACUGUUGAAAUUCCUCUUCAUAAAGAAGCAUUAAUCGAAGUCUUCAAUCAACCUGGUGACAAUGGAUUCAAUCGCCUAGUAACUAAUGUUGAAAGGAAAAAUGUAGAAGAUCCUCCUCCAAAAGAAGCAUCAAUCGAAGUCUUAAAUAAACCUGUGACAGGUGACAUAAUGUCAUUGUAUUCAAUCGCCUGGUAAUUGGUGUUGAAAGAAAAGUGUAGAAGAAAUUCCUCUUCCAAAGAGUACAUCAAGCAGAGCAUCACAGCAACCAGUAAAAACUCCAACUCCAAUGUACUCGAGGAAAAACUUUCGCGGCACAUCUUUCAACACUUUUUUUGUUACGGCCAUUUAUUUCCUGCACCAAUACUUUCUUUUAGAGGUAGCAUUCAGAAGGCCUCUUAUAAGCGUUAAAGUCAGAGAGAGAGUAUCCCAAGCCCUACACAUCAGCGAAAAGAUGGUGACCGACUGCAAAAAGGAAAUUGAAAUGACCAUGGCAAAUGGAAUUCCAUUUCACACUCCUAAAAUAACACGAUAGAAAGGAUGGAAAGUUGGAGAGUUGGAUACUUUCACUAAAGCAGCUUCGACGGAUCCUAUCAACGUCGUCCGGUCUCCCCGCGAUGCUCUAACGUUGUCCGACGUACUCUUACCGCGCGCUCUGCAGCGCUGUCUUCUUUUAAUUACCAGUGGAGUAAUAGCGGCAGUAGAGGAAAAAUAAAAAUUCCCAGGUGUUCCUACAAGAUUGAGGAACACAUACUACUUCUCACUUUUUCUUUAAUGCCAAUAUUACCCCACUGGUAAGUAAAAUAAGAGAACGCUGCAGAGUGCGUGGCAAAAGGACAUCGGACAACGUUUGAGGGUCGCGGGAGAUCGGUCGACGUAAGGGCGUCGUGGGGGAAUCGGACGACGUUGGAACUGACAACGUUAGUAGGACCCAUAGUUAUUACGAACUUACUUUAUGAAACUUCCCAGACUGGUAAGUAGACACAGGAGAUAUCACUUCACAAAAAAAGGUUUGGUCAAUAUUUUGGUUUGUUUCUGGUACGUAUUUGCACCAGUUGAUUCCUAUAAUGUUUAUUGCUAUUUGCUCAAAACUUUUGAAAGUGCUGAAGUGUGUAAAAUGUUUGUUUUUUUGGUUGUAGGUCGACGGGUAACUAUUCAAGGGUUGUUGGAUUCAAUCAGGUAUUUUCUUCGAAUAUUAUUGAAUUCACUGCUUAGAGUCUUUGUAGAAAGCGAAGUAUUGACUACUUCGGAGCACUUAGACUCACAACACUCAGGAAAAUAGUUCAUGACCUGGGCUUUCAGGUUUCGAAGGUAAAUGGCCGCAGAGUUGUUUUUGAGAAACCCUCAGUGGCAUUAAAAAGAGUGUUCUUUUUCCGGCGUCACAUAUGGAGCUGCAAGGCAAGUUUGUACUUGUAGAUGAGACUUGCAUUUUCCAAAGAGGCUCUCGCAAUCAAACAACUUGGCGAGACAUUGACAUAAGAAGUAGCCCUGUGAAGACCACAGACCAAGGAGAGGCUUCAUUGUUCUUCAAGCUGGUGGAGAGGAUGGAUUUGUGGAAGAAGCCUCUCUGGUUUUUGCUUCUGACUCUCUUUAGGGUGACUAUCACGGCCAAAUAAAUGGGCAGAAUUUUAUGACCUGGUGAAAAAAAUAUUGGAAAAACUGACAGAGCCAACGGUUAUUGUAAUGGACAAUGCACCGUACUAUUCUAUUCAGGCAACUAUAAUCAAUUUUCGAAUACAUUUAUGUGUAGUGUAAUGGUUUAAUUCGAUUUAUUCAUAGCAUUAGUAUACAAACAUUACAAUGAUUUCGUUGUUGCAUGUGUGUUAGGAUGGGUAAGCAUUCAUUAUGCCAUCAUGGUGGUAGUUAAAAAAUAUUACUACAGUACUUCCCUGUUUAUUCAUGUUGUUUGUGAUCUCGAAUCUUAAUGUUUUCAUUUCAGGGUUUGAUUUUGAACUCAUCUUCAACUGUGUGAGAAAGGAAUGGAACCGUUUGAACGGUAGUUGAAUCAAUGCUUAAGGUUAAAUUAUAUGCCUUGGCUAAAAUUCACAGACAGCGAAGAAGAUAUUUGGCAAAUGAAGAAGCGACUAAGAGAGGGCAUAUAGUCCUAAGACUACCGCCGUACCUCUGCCAGUACAACCCCAUAGAAUUAAUCUGGGCUCUUCUUCAAAGGCAUUAUGAUAUGCAUAUUCUUUACAGAGGAAAAGUGUCUGGAGAAAUGGCAUACAUUGAAAGUGUGACCCCUGAAAUAUGGUGAAAAGUUGUAAAUAAAAUUGAAAAGUUAAUCCACCAAGACUGGGAAUUGUGCUCUGGACUUGAUAAGGUCGACUAUAUUGAUUACUCUAAAAUGAAGUUUACUGCUAAUGGAGAUAGUGACAGUGAUAGUGAGUAUGAUGACUACGAUAAAGAUGAAGAUGAAGAGGAUGUUGAUGACCCCAAAGCCCCUUCCAUACCAGUCAAGCCUGUCACACCUUUACAUAAUUGUAAGGUCUCUACUGGUCCUUCAGCCCAACCUAUCACAUCAACAAAUAGUUCUAAAGUCUCGUCUGCUCCACCAGUUAUUAAUGUAGAAGAGCUGCAUGAUUAGUAGAACGCGAAGGUGUGCUUCUAUUGAAAUUUCACAUACAUCAUCUUCAUUUUAGUCACCAUAUCAUCUAUCACUGUCUUUAUUUGAUAUUGCCUUAUUAAAGCUAUCUCAAAAUAUUGAUGAGGGGGAUAAGAUGGUAGCUUAAUGUCAGGGUUGGCAUGGAGAAUUAAAUUAAAUUUUAUUUAAUCGCACUAUGCUGUGCAAAUUUCUUCUGGUGCAAAACAUUUAGCACCCGUGCGUAAUUUAUUUUCCCAAAGGGCAAAAAGGUCUCAAA